CUUCAUUUAUUUUUCAAACUCCCAAAAAAUACCCAGUCAACGUUCCACAAAAAUAAAUAUCUAAAUUCAAACUCAUUUCUUCAUCUUCUUCCUCAACAAUGAAUCCAAAAUUAGCUUUACCGUUACUAAUUUCCCUUCUAACAUUCAAUUUCUGCAACUCUAAAUGCACCAAAGGCUGCGAUUUAGCUUUAGCAUCAUACUACGUAUGGCAAAACACCACCACUACAUUCAUCGCCGAAGUAAUGAAAUCUCCGCUCUUAGACUCACCGGAAACCAUCGUAACUUAUAACAAAGACUCCGUCCGUAACAAAGAUAGUCUCCCGUCUUUCAUCCGAGUCAACCUCCCUUUCCCCUGCGAUUGCAUCAACGGUGAAUUCCUUGGCCACGUAUUCACUUACAAGAUUAGAUCAGGCGACACGUAUGAUGUCGUCGCUGAUAAGUAUUAUUCUAAUUUGACUACGAUUCCCUGGUUGCAACGGUUUAAUAGCUAUCCUGAGGUUAAUAUACCUGAUACUGGUACUCUUAAUGUCACGGUUAAUUGUUCGUGUGGAGAUAGUGGAAUUUCCAAGGAUUAUGGUCUGUUUGUUACGUAUCCGCUUCGGCCUGAGGAUUCUUUGGAAUCUGUUGCGCGUCAGAGUAAUAUUAGUGCUGAUUUGAUUCGGAGAUAUAAUCCUGGUAUUGAUUUUAGUCAAGGAAGUGGUUUGGUUUAUUUUCCUGGGAAAGGAAUAUCAGGCGGAAUAAUUGCUGGAAUAUGCAUAGCAGUAGUAGCUGUGGUGCUGUUAAUAGCUGUGUGUAUAUACUUUGGAAUUUACAGAAAGAAGAAGGUGAAAGGGGCAUUGCUGUCUACAUCUCAAGAUCUCUCUGGCCAUGCGCUUCAUGGUUCUAGAAGUAACUCAGAUAAACCUGUGGAAUCAACUGGUGUGGCACAAUCUCCAGGUCUUACAGGCAUAACUGUGGACAAGUCAGUCGAAUUCUCAUAUGAAGAACUUGCUCAGGCUAGUGAUAACUUCAGUUUGGCUAACAAGAUUGGCCAAGGUGGCUUUGGCUCUGUAUACUAUGCAGAACUUAGAGGCGAGAAAGCCGCAAUCAAGAAGAUGGACAUGCAGGCUUCAAAAGAAUUUUUUGCGGAACUAAAAGUCUUAACUCAUGUUCAUCAUUUGAACCUGGUCCGAUUGAUUGGAUAUUGUGUUGAAGGUUCUCUUUUUCUAGUUUACGAAUUCAUUGAGAAUGGCAACUUAAGCCAACAUUUGCAUGGCUCUGGAGGAAGGGAUCCAUUGCCAUGGUCUACUAGGGUGCAAAUCGCCCUUGAUUCAGCUAGAGGACUUGAAUACAUCCAUGAGCAUACUGUUCCUGUUUAUAUUCAUCGUGAUAUUAAGUCUGCUAACAUAUUGAUUGACAAGAAUUUCCGUGGGAAGGUUGCAGAUUUUGGGUUGACUAAACUAACUGAGGUUGGAAGUGCAUCAAUUCCCACACGUCUUGUGGGUACAUUUGGAUACAUGCCACCUGAAUAUGCUCAAUAUGGUGAUGUUUCCCCAAAAGUGGAUGUUUAUGCCUUGGGAGUUGUCCUCUAUGAACUUAUAUCUGCCAAAGAAGCUAUCGUCAAGUCAAACGGGUCUAGUGCUGAGUCAAGGGGCCUUGUUGCUUUGUUUGAGGAUGUCCUUAGUCAACCCGAUCCUAAAGAAGACCUCCUCAAAUUGAUUGAUCCAAGGCUUGGAGAUAGUUAUCCAUUCGAUUCUGUUCGAAAGAUGGCUCAGCUUGCCAAGGCAUGUACGCAAGAGAAUCCACAACUACGACCAAGCAUGAGAUCUAUCGUUGUCGCUUUAAUGACACUCUCGUCCUCAACGGAGGAUUGGGAUGUCGGCUCCUUCUAUGAAAAUCAAGCUCUUGUGAAUUUAAUGUCAGGAAGAUAGAGGCUUUAGUCGUCGAGCAUUUCAGAGAUUUUUUAUCGUCCUCUGUAAGUUAACCUAUUAUACUCUCAUCUUUAUAAUUCCAGAUGCUUGUAUCAUUUGUAAAUGUUCAAUAGGAAGUUAUCAGAAGGAAACACAGAAUUAUUUUUGAUUAUUUGAUAUUUGAUGGAUGCACAUAAAGCAUUUUUCAAAUUAUAUUUUUUGGAAAUAA